AUGUCUAUUAUUUCCCCUCAGGCGAUGCUCCUAUGGGCCACGCUCUCUUCCACUCUCUUGUUGUUUCUUGUCCAGCACUUGUACCGUUACGAUCGUUUUCAAUGUCUCAAAUGGCGAGGAAGUUCCGAUGGGGGAUUCAAGCGAUUUAUGACGUACUCGUACAUUAUUAGUGUACCACUCAUCGUCACUUACAGUGUCGCCAUGGCCGUCAUGAAGUAUCAGGCGGGUUACAUCUCUUUCUCCAAUCCCGAUUCGACACCCUCCCGCCCUCUUCCCCGCAUUGUGGUCCCCGCACCAACGAGUACAUGGCCCGAAUCCCACCAAAAACUCGUAUUCCCCCUUUACGUCAUUUUUGCCGUCGCAUGGGCUCUCGAAAUCGUCUCUCACCUCGAAGAACUCUGUUUUUGGUUGUUCAUGAUCAAGGAGCAGGAGGAUACUGGCCACGGAGGAAUACGCCCAUGGUUCAAAAGCUUUGAAUACAAGCUUUGGUGUUGUGGCUCUCUGAUCGCCGUUGUACUACUCCCACUUGUUACACUCGAGACCAGACAUGACCUCCAGCAAGUAGAGGCCUGGACAUUCUUCACGGGAUCCGCUGGAAGUUUGAUUAUCACUCUCUGGUUCUUCAAGGUUCUAUGGAAGUUUCCAUCGUUCCUCAAGCGAAUCGAAGCUGAAAACGCCGAGCCAGAUGUGAUCGUUAGGCUCGUCGCGUUCCAGGAUCUCAACCGUAUCCGAAUCGUAUUCCGGUUGAUGUUCGUUAUACCCCUCCUUAUCCUCGCAUGCGAUGGUCUUAGAUCCGACGGGCCCCACCACAUCAUCGGGACUGCUGGGGCGGUCGAUAUCUUGGCCAUGGUUGGAGGCAUAGGUUGCAUAGUCUCGAGCGUCAUCACACUUUUGAUAUUCUUCCCACGGAGUAUCGCGCGCGAACAAGGAUACACUGCCCGUGCCCGUACUCGCUCUCACCCCACUAUGCAAACCAAAUCGGCCAAGAGCGGAAUCGUCAGUCGCCCCCACCUCACGGUCCAGAGCCGCCACACCCGUAGUCAACGAACAACCGUUGGGGAGAUCGAGGUGGAGCCCUUGCAACGGCCCUUGGCGGCCCAUCCGCUCAGUCCGACGGGAGUACAGGUUACCGUUCAAACGACCACACGGGGGGAUUCGUCGUACUUUGGCGGGCCGACAGUUCAACUAGGCGAUGAAGCUUUGCCCUCAUACGUUGGAGAUGGACUCGGACUGAACGACUCCAAGAGGCACAUCCAUACAGUCGAUGACGAUGAUUAUUUCGCGGCUAGUGGAUCUAGUAUCAUCCGGUCCGGCUCGAUCGCCACAUCUUCCGUUCCGCUUGUUGAGAGGAAAGGGCUGCAUCCCUUAUUGUGCAGCUACACUAGCCCGAUUAACCUUUCCGAACAAGACGAUGUAAUCGGGCGAGCGCUAUAA